AUGGACGGAUCGUAUGUACCACCAGAAUUGUUCCCAGACAGUCACGGUGCCAGUCAAGGUAUACAGCCCUUCAAGAAACAGAGGAUAGACAAAGGGAAAGGAGUCGAUCGACCAGUCGGUACUGGCGAUAAUAGUUGGAAUCGUUUUGCCCAGGGCUCAUUUUCCCGUGCAUCUGCACCAUCGAUCACGAUCGACGAGAUGGACGAUGACUCGGACGAUGAGCCCUUGACAUCACAAGCACUCUCAGCGUCGAAAGGUGAUGCAGCAGACUCUACUCACAUGUCUGAGGAUUCGGACGACGACCUCUAUCAAUCAGUAAGAUCUGAUAAUGCAGAAGACUCUAUGGACGUGGAAGAAUCCUCUCCGCAUAGUGAUGCUCGCGACCUUGUCCAGUCGAUUAAUGGUAUGUAUCGGAUCCUGGAUUUGAUCAAUGAACAAGGGAGUGGUGGGCUAGUGGACAAAGUCAUUAUAGCGCAGGACUCACUCCGUGCAUUUAUCAACAGUGUUUGUCCGGGCACAUAUGUGUCCAUGACGAAAGUAAACUUUAGCGCGCUAGACCGCUUCGUCGUGAAGCCUGUUGGCGUCGCCAAACAACUCGUCACGAACCAAAAUGACUCCAGCAUUUCAAUGCCGAGUCUUCGUUCUGGACUGUACAUUGUCCGUGCGGUUUGCGAGGCUACACCUGACCAACAGCUUUUCCUCAUCUACUGGCCGGAGGAUUCGACAUGGGAUGACUCAGCUCCUUCGUCUGUGAGACGCAACCGCGUGACCUUCAUGAGAUACCUCAUGAAAAUGUGUGAUCAAGUCACAGCACUCAUUUCCCCAGAGCAUGCUCGAUCGAUCGUAUGGAAUGACCAGCAAGGCGAAGACGCCAUCAUGGAUCUGGACGAAGACCAUGAUGAGUCCAGUAGACUGUUCACGUUCGAAGUCGCGAAAACAAAUGAGCAGGAGGAGGCAGUAAAGUCGCGCCCGGGAUUCAAGGCAUAUCACCAUGCCGCAGUCUCACCCAGAGGCAACAGGUUCAUGACCGUCGCAUUUCAACCGGGCAGGCUCAAUGCCGAACCCAUGAAAAACCAAUCCUUAACUAACAUCCAGUUGCGCAAUUACCUGAAGAGUGAUGCCUUACUGAUCAACGAGAGCCUGGAUGCAGAUGCCUUGAGCAUUCUGAUAUAUGAUGGCAUCCAGGAUCGUUUCCGACAACAGUGUGGACUGUUUCGGGAGCGAUCCACGGGUAUCUCAUCGAAUACUAGGUCGAGCAAGGGGUCAGAGGAAACAAGGGUUAGAGAGGAUGUGAAGAGGGGGGAGCCUCUUCUAACUAAGGUUUUUCAUCAAGCCUUGGUCGAUGCUAUUAUCGAGAAAUUUUCUACCUUCACUCACGAAUCUUUCCCAUGUCCCACAGGAUGCGAGCAAGACGGUCCGUCGACUCUAGGUCCGUCCUCCGUGCAAUCACUUUAUCUUGGCAUGAUACCAUUCACAGAUUCGGCCAUGGCUGAUAUUCCAGUCGGUACCGACUCUUCUACCUCCGCUGUCGAUCUCUCUCUGCAUCCCACUAGAAGUGAACAGGAACGUAAUUCAGUGCGAGAUAAGCUUAAUACUCUCAUCGCCUUGUAUCCAGACAUAGGGGAAGAGCUCCGUCGCAAGAUGCAUUCGGAGAAAAUCAACAAUCGAAACUUCAAGGACGGCAAAGAACGGAUCUGCAUUGCCCGGGACGUCCUUCGCAACUCUCCUGAUAUGCCGAAGGAAGCCCGUGAAAGCUUCAUUAAUGUCAUUCUCCAGGAGGACAUGUCACACGUUAAGGAAAACCUCAAAUUGAUCAGCAAAGGGAUCAUUCCGCAUGAGAAGCCUAAGGGAUUGGUAACCGCUCUCUGGGGUAAAUUCAGUUCCAUCGUCUCCGAACUGGAUCUGCGUAUCUUCGGCAAAACGUUAAAAGAGGCGGACGCCGAUUCUAUCAGCGAUACCCAGUUCCUCGUGGAGUUGAAUGAUGUCAAAAUACCCCGUAUCUUGGCCAAAAUCGUGGAAGAAACUAGGACAGCCGCUCUGGAUCACUUUAGAUCAAACUUGACGAAGCAGACCCGCGCUUUGGUGCAUUUUGCAUUGCGCAUACAAACCGAUCAGUGUCUACUUCAGGUUCAGAGAGAGGUUGCCAGUCAUGAAGAGGAGCAACUUACUGAGUUGCGGAGGGCAUUUAUCCAUGAAAUAAAUGAUCUUUCGCAAACAGGGCAUCAUGCGUACACUUUCGUCAUCAAUUCCGUCGAGGAGAUACGAAGAUAUUACCAAACACAGAUAUUCAUCUCUGGCCGAAGGGAAUAUUUCCAGGAUCCUGUCUGUGAAUUCUCUGUCCAUCUCAUGCAGCUGAUGGAACACGAUCAACAUUCCUUGAAAAUGGACCCUACCAUAAUUCCCUCGCCGAAAGUUCACUGGGAGGCACGCGUACUCGUUCAAGUUGCCUCUCGGGGAUUCGGCGAUAAGAUCUUGCUUGCAACGACUGAUCGGCAUGGGAACCUAAUGGUGUUUCUGGAAAGCCUUCACGCGAUCGAAGGCGCCUUGAAUCAGGGCCGCGGGAAAAAGCUUAAUCGCGAUAAAAUCGGCGAAUUUAUUCUCGCAUUUGACGAGUCAAAACGCUUGCUCAGUGUCGUCGCUAGAGAGAAGUUACACAUCUUUGUCCACGAUAACACCCGUGGUUUCCAGGCUUCUGGUAGCGCGAUCAACUUGACUCAGUGCGAGGAGCUACUGCUCGUCGAUUCAUUGGCACAAGCCAGAAUAUACUCCCUGACAACGAUGCAGUUUAGACCUGCCACACUUGAUCUCAUUCAGAUCCCUAAGGCAGUUUACUCCACUCCAGAUGUACCUUCGGCUCGACGAGUGGCGUUCCCGCUCGAAAUUCCGGAUCUUCCCCUGGACCAGCCACUGCUUUUGACUUCUCUAAUAAAGAGGAGUAUUGUCCAUCUGGUUACGGUUGACAUUGACUCGAAUUCUUGUCGAUCAUUCGCUCUCGACAUCACUCGCAAAGUGACGGAGUUUACCUUCAAAGAGAAAGGCGUCCGAGGAGGAGGAGCUCAGUCGGAGAACGCCACCGCACACAACUGUCUCAUUGAUUGUCACGCCGACGUGUGGACUCGUUUCCCGGUUCUCUCUGCUGUUCAGCGGGAGACGAUCACAUCGUCCAGUAACAGAUGUCCGCGGACAUUGAUGUUCACUACAGAUCGGGACCAUCAUAUGUUCUCACCGCACUUCCACGACCUUAUUUACAACUUUGAAAGGACGUCAAAGAAGCCAACGGGAACCAUCCUAAAAUCAAUGGUCAUCUCUGCAACUACAUAUUCCGGUUUUUCCAAUAGUCUCCUCGGAGCUGCAGAAUGGAGCGUGUCGAAGUUCAGAGCCGGGGAAUGGUUGGUGGAUAUCCUCUGCCUCAUUCCAAUUCACAUUGCAGUGACGAGGGAGAAUCGAUUCAUUCCACUCAAGGACGGUGUAUACUCGACCGAACUUGAGAAGUCUCUCCUCGGCGCGGAUGUUAACCGCAUUGUCAAUCACCUGUCUUUUGGUUGGUAUGAAUCUUUGUUCCAGUCAUACAUGGCCAAAAAGCCGGUCAAAGUUGUGUCGUCCAUGGGCGAACAAUCAGUGGGGAAAAGCUUUUCCUUGAACCAUCUUGUGGACACGUCAUUCGCGGGAUCGGCCAUGCGUACGACAGAAGGGGUCUGGAUGUCAGUGACUCCGACUAAGGAUGCUCUUGUCGUUGCUUUGGAUUUUGAAGGUGUUCAUAGUAUUGAGCGUUCCGCUCAAGAAGAUACAUUGCUCGUGCUGUUCAAUACUGCGAUCUCUAACUUGGUGCUAUUCCGGAACAACUUCGCCUUGAGCCGAGAUAUCACAGGCUUAUUCCAGUCAUUCCAAUCAAGCUCGACCGUCCUCGACCCAGCGUCUAACCCGAGUCUAUUUCAAUCGACGCUGGUGAUCAUCAUUAAGGAUGUCGUGGAUUCGGACAAAGCAGAAAUUACUCGAGAGUUCGCCCUCAAGUUCCAGCAGAUAGUCCAAGACGAACAAGAGGCCAACUUCAUUUCUCGCCUCCACGCUGGGCAGUUGAAUAUCAUCCCUUGGCCAGUAAUCGAGUCGCAAGAAUUUUAUAAGCUGUUCCCAACCCUCAAACGUCGACUGGACAAACAAAAAUUGACGCAUAAUACAGCAGGAGAGUUCCUCCAUGUGAUGAAAACCUUGAUGGCGAAACUGAAGGCAAAUGAUUGGGGCGCUCUGUCACAAUCGAUGGCCUCGCAUCGAGCGCAACUUCUUUUAGCCAUGUUGCCAAAUGCUCUAGCAUUUGGACUGCAAGAGGUUAAUCCUGACCCAGAACCUCUGAAGAACCUAGAUGACGAUAUCCCAAUUGAGAUGCCCGAUACUUCAACUGAAUUUUCAUUGGCAGGGGGGCCACAAUCUUCUUCUCGCGAGACCGCUCUCCAAGUUCUGUCUCAUGCAUGGGACGACUAUGGUUCUCGCCAUCACAUGCCAGAGGAUCGAUGGAUUGAGAAUUUGCUCGCUCAUAUCGACAGUCUGGUCAAUUUGCGGGUCACCCACGCUCGCGAGUGGAUAUCGUCCAAUGUUGCUCGCUUCCAAAGUGGGCAAGCAAGCAUUGACGAGCUCAUGAGAACGUUUGAAAGUGCGACGGUGGACUUGAAGAGCAACUUGCAGUUGUGCAAGCUGAACAUGACUGCCAGACUUCUCAUGAUUGCAUACAUUCUUGCGAUUUCUGUGCGUCAUCUGGAGAGACGAAGGCUUGCUCUAUGUCGUAAGCCAAAAUCUAGCGGGGCAUCCCGGCAACCAUAUGUUAAGCCUUUCAUGAUCGUAUCCACACAUGAGCUCAUCGUCCCUUCCAGAUGUGUUGUUAAUGCACAUCUCUGUGGUCAAGCCUGCAAACUUUCCGGGAGACAGGGAUGUCUGGAUGAGUGUACGAAGGUGAUCGGUCACGCAGAAGAUGACCAUCUAUGUGCUGCUACUGUGCAUGCCUGCGGUCAGCCCUGCGAUCUGUCAACGCUCAGGUUGAGUGACGGGUCCACUCCCCCUUGCCGCGGUACUUGUGGCAUUCCAAGUGACGUGAACCAUGACCAACACCUGUGCGAUGCUCGACUUUGCUCUUUCCCCUGCCAACUUUGCAAGAGACUCUGUGCGAAUACAAACCAUCUUCACGGCUUGGAAGACGACGCUAUUCAUCUUUGCGGGGAGGAGCAUUCAUGUUCCGUGCAAUGUACUGCCGAGGGCAUCUGCGAAAUUGAGACUGCGCCACAAUCGAUCGAGGCGACGUUCACCGGAAGGCACGAGACCUUCCAGUACACGAAGGUGGCUACUCGCAAGUGGCCUAAACGACUGAGAUGUGCCAAGUCGAUACCACCAGGCCUGGUAGCCCAUGCAGGUCGGCACAACCAUAGUUUGGACCAAAAAGUGGUGCAUUUUUGCAGAGCGAGGUGCGACCACUGUGGGUACUAUUGCACAUUGCCGCUCGGUCACCCGCAACAAGAGCAUGAAACGAGACACGGAUCCAUGUCCUCGUCACGAUGGGCAGUCGAUGGCCCUGAUGAUACGGGUCUCGAGGUUGAAGGCCGUCGCUUCUCUUCAAAUGAUGAGGGCGCACCGAUGAUGUGCAACCUCGUCUGUCAGGCAUUGGAGGGAACGAACGCGGUUCAGCAUAUUUCUAAGCGAGUGUUGCCUAACCCGGAACGUGCCAAGGACUACAUUACGCACAAUCUCUUCUGGCGGCGAGCCGGCUUCAAAGACCCUUAUUCUCGGGAGGAGCAAGCAAAUUUCGCUAAGUGCGACUCAAUGUGUAGCGGUCCCGAGCACACUGCUGCAGCCGGAAAUGCUGCUCAGCCAUCUUAUUGCACUUUGCCUUUGUUUCAUCCGCCGAUGGAUCCCAACAAUGCCCAAGUCGGCUUGGGAUACGUUUCCAAUGAUGGGCAUCUCUUCUCGUGCAGGAACCCCGUGAUUAUGCAGCAAGCAUUCCAUGUAAUCUUUGUGGCUGAUAGAUCUGGCUCCAUGGCCUCUGGUGACAAACAUCCCCUUCCGAACACGCCUGCCUCGGACAGAAUCGUGCGACGCUCUAACAACCGGUUUGGUGCCGUCCUCUCCUCCCUAUAUAGCUUCUGGUCUGCCCGUGCUGCAGCAAUUGGUGGUCAACAAGCAGCCCGACGUGACUCAUACAGUGUUAUUCUGUUUGAUCAUAUCGUUACGAAUGCCUUCGUAAACGAUUUCGUCAGUUCUCCGGACCAAUUGCUGGACGCCGUUCUGCGUUAUAGUGCCGAUGGGGGCACGAACUUCACUGCAGCGAUUAUGCAGGCUCAAUCAGUCAUGGAACAACAUUGGAGCACAGAGAGGAGCCCUGUAAUCAUAUUUUUGUCAGAUGGCGAGUGCAACGUUGCGGAUCAGACUGUUCAAGAUUUGUGCCGCUCCGCAGUUCGUCUUGGCAAAGCAUUGUCUUUCCACGCCGUAUCAUUCGGUCUAGAUAGAGCCUCUACUUCCUUGCGACGAAUGACUCAAAUUGCACUUGACAUCCAGAACAAUGCCCCAAGAGAUCCAUUGGCCCCAGCGGCAGCAACAGUCGCGUCUUCAUACACGCAGGCCUUAGAUACGGUGCAACUCGCCGAAACAUUCCUAGGAAUUGCAGAAUCUCUCAGGAAGCCAAGAGGGUCUCUCAUACAUUGA